UUUAUUCACAGAAGAGAACAAAGAAUUUGUCUCAAACAAUAGCUCAAUUAUCAUUCCGUUGAAUCAACUACAGAAAAACCAAACUUUUUCCAUCUCGGUCCGUGCUGAAAAUUAUUUGGGUGGAAUUCGUUCAGAAGAACUUCAUGUUGAUCUCAACACUAUAGUAAUACCAGCUGUCCCAGUUGUUGUUCAAAAUAAAACAAUGGAGUCUCCAGCAUUCAAGACGAUAAUACAUUGGAAAAGGCAAACAGCAAUCAAUGAGACGCAUUGUGAGGAGCGAUAUAAGGAGACAAUAAGUGAAAUUUGGCAUGUGAGAGACUGGGAUGCUAAUUUAAGAAAUGAACUUAACACCGAGUACAACUUAGAUGCAAAUACGAAGUAUGAGUUUCAAAUUAGAUGCAAAUUAACACAGCCCAGAAGUCUGUGGAGCAGAUGGAGUGAAUCUACAGUAUAUAUUACUCCAGAGAAGGAACCAGCUGCGGUACUUGAUGUAUGGAGGAAAUUCGGCCCACUUUAUCCCAAUAGUACCCAAGAAGUGACUGUCUUGAUCAAGCCGCUGUCUCCAAAGGAAAGCAGAGGAAAAAUUCUGAAUUAUAGAAUAUUUUAUGAAAAACAAGGAAAGAAGGUGGAUUUAUGUAAAACAACAGAAAUACAUUGCAAAGUGAGGGUGCCCCCAGCGGUGACCAUUAUUUAUGUGACAGCACACAAUUCCAAAGGAAGUUCCAAACCAGCAAAUAUUAUAGUGAAACAACCGCCUCACAAUUACCAAGCUUUCCCACCCCCUACUAAUAUCAAAAUAUUAUCUGAUAAACAGAAAGGAAUUUCUGUUAAAUGGGAACCUCCUAAAUCUAUUGGAAAAACACUUUUAUGGUACAUAGUGGAAUGGAUUUCUGCAAACUUCAGUCAUUUUCAUCAUAGCAUUGUUGCAUGGAAGAAAGUCCCUUUCCAAAAUACAUCAACUUCUAUUGAAGAAGGCAUCAGAAUGGGAGAGAACUCUGUCAUUUCAGUAUACGCUGUGUAUCAGAAAGGCAUCAGCCGAGCCAGCUCUAUCCAGACAUUGAUGAAAGAAAAGAAAGAACUUGACAUUUCCCAAGAAAGGAGCCUUGCAGUCACCAGGGGCAAUGAUGAUUACGAUACUGGGAUUCUGUUGGGAACUGGUGUUGGAGUGGCUUUCUUAUCAAUCUCUGUUUUCACUUUGAUUGCAAUUAAAUCGUGCAGAAAAAGGGUUAACAAAAUGGUUAGCUCGGUAGCACCAAAAUGGCUUUAUGAAGAAUAUCCCAAGAUACAAAACAGCAAAGUAAUCAAAUAUCUCCAGGAAAAUGAUGCUGUGACAGACAAUUUUUCCGAGCCAUUUUUGGAUGUUGUGGUAACUGAAGUUGAAGAAAUAUUGAGGCAGGACCACUAUAGGGCUGUGGAGAAAAAAAAGGAGGGAAGCAAAACAGUUUCUGAGGAAGUCAGUAGCUCAGAAGAUGUACUGUUUGCCAGCAAUUUGGAUGUGACUACAAGAAAUGGGUACAAACCUCAGAUUUCUAAUAAGGCUCAAUUGAGAACUAGUUCCAGCACCACCGGUGAAACACCUUUUCAAAACUGGGACACCAAAUCAAUUUCAAUUGUUACGCCCAUAAACAAUUUAAGAAAAGAUUACACCAGUCCUGUGGCUCCCACAUGGCCUAUUGUCGACCCAAAUGAAAAUAAGUCUUUAUUUGAUAAAAUCAGCCUUAUUCUCAGGAAUAGUGGAAGUGGGCAAAGCAGGGGCGGCUCAAAAGAUGAAGACCCAAGAACCCAAAAGACACACCAGUUGAGGCUUCUGCUUUCGGAUGAAGAUAUUCAAGAACAGACUUUAAUACCAGACAAUCUAAUUCCUUGCUUAAAAACAAUGAGUGAAGACCGGACCAACAUGUCUUAUUUCCCUCAAAACGCUGUUUACUAUGACAGUUGAAGAAAAAGGAUAUAUGCUUUGCACAAAGGACGGAAACUCUGCAUUUUCAAGCAGCGUAACUGAAGGUUCUCCGUUCAUUGUUUGAAUAAAAUUGAAAAAAGUACGUUGCAGCCACAAUCUCAGUUUUCCUCUGACAGGUUGAUUCAUGUUAAAACAUAUAAAAAACAGUUGCUGGGAUUGGGUAUGUCUAAUUUAAUGAAAAGGAGGACUAGGGGA